AUGGAAGUAUCAGAAGAAGCGGAUUUAUCACAGUUUGACGAUCGAUUCGAAUUUAAUGGACAUUCCUGGAUGGACAAGGGAGGCAGAGGCAAGAAGAAAAGAAACGGAAUUGAAGUAAUCUCAUUGACUUUCAGAUACAAUUAGGAGAAAACUUACCGUUCAGGAGAGACUGGAAACAAAGAGGCCCCGAAUUCUGUUCACAAAGGCAUUUGCCCGUUCGAGAUCGGAGUGAGAAGUGUGCACACUUCUAUUGAUAUGACGCCACUUCUCGAUGUAAGAUUCGAAAAGCAGUAUUUCGUACUGCGAACGUUCUCAUAAUUUCAGAGACAAUUGUCUGGGUCUUGCGCCUUCCGGCUCAACUUUGACUACACGGAUAUUGACGAGCUCAUUCAAAACGGGUCGGCAGAGUUGCAGAAAAUUCUCUUCGGAAUACGCGGACUCAUGAAAUUGGUAUCCAAAAUUUUAAGCAAACUAAAUGUUGCUCGCUUCAGAUGGAACUGGAACAUGAUUGCAAAAUUAAGAGGAAACUGGACAACGACACGGUACAAGCUUGUCUAGAUGUAGAAGCCUCGCCGUAAUCAUUUUUUAUUUCAGAUCAAAUUGAACACGGUGUUCCAAUCAUCCCGAUUCCUCUCUGCAGAUCCCGUUCACGUCGAUAACUUGCGAGCUGAUGGAACCAUUAACGUCAAUGAGUUGUUCGGACAUAUGAAGGACUUUUACGGGUCACUUCGCCACGUCAUUCACGCGGCCGCCAACCAUUGGAUGAAAAAUGCAAACCGGCCCUGCUAAUUUAAUUACAAAAAAUGUGUUUCAGGUUGUCCCUGAUGCGGAGCGCAAGCUGUAUUUUACUAGCAUCAAGCCGCAGGACCCUCAAAAAUUUUUCACAGCUCGACUUCUCAAUGAGCCAAUUUGUUAGCUGUUUUAUCAGUGAAACUAAGAACAAAUGAAUUUUAUAGCUCUUCUGGUGAAGUGUCUCAAGAUCAGUGAUUGCGAUCCGUCGACCGUGGAGGACAACAUCUGUGUUGUUCACGCAUCACAUUGCAAAUUUGUUGUGAGUUCUUUGAUCAAAUGUUCCUAACAAACUGUAUGUUUUUCAGCAACCAUGCUCGUUCUGCUGCAAAAGGGAACAAAAGAAAGCGUGGGGAACAUUUAACACGACUGUCGUCGACCGAUAA